AUGGCCGCGGGUAAGAAGGCGAAGGGCAAGGCCGCCAACAAGCAAAAGGUUAAGAAGGGCAAGAGUCCAGAGAAUGCAGAACAGACAACCACACCCAAUACUCCUGCACCUGGCAGCCCGGAACUUCUGGCGCAGGACUCUGAAGGAAAAGAUCAACCUCCUGCCGACCCAGCAUCUCUUGACCUGUCUACACCACUGCCUGUAGAGGCACAGGAGGUGACUGACGACACUACUGCACCACAAGAGAUCUCGGGUGCCACCGAUAGCCAAGAAGCGCCUGCUUCUGAUAAGCCUGCAUCUCCACUGCCUGUGUCAGCCUAUGAAGUCUUUGACGACGACUCCGCGCCUCAAGAGACUUCCAUUCCUACCACAGAUCCUGCAUCACCUGCGGUAGAGAAACCUAGUUCCCCAUUGCCUGUAUCGGCAUACCAAGUGUUUGACGACGACACUGCUCCACAGGACGCUUCGGGUACUGCCGAGAGUCAAGAAGCACCUGCUUCUGACAAGCCUGCUUCUCCGUUGCCUGUGUCAGCCUACGAGGUCUUUGAUGAAAACAACGCUCCUCAAGACACUCCCGCCCCUGCCACCAACCCAUCGUCACCGGUGGCCGAGAAGCUAGACUCUCCAAUCCCCGUAUCAUCAGACGAGGUCCUUGCGGACGAAGCUGCACCUCAGGGCGCUCUGGAUUCUGCCUCAGAACAACCACAAAUAGCAACCGAAGAGGCUUCAGAGGAGGCAAUCACCAAACCAGUUGACGAAGCUCAACCAUUGGACGAGCCAAGCCUAACUCAGUCUCAAUUCGAAGAGAUUGAGCCCAAGCAUCCUGCAGACGAGGCGACUCCGGCCCAGCCUCAAGUUGAAGAGACCGAGUCUAAAGAGCCCGUGGAAGAGCCAAGCCUUGUCCAGCCUCACCUUGAGCAAACCGAAACCGAGCCCAAGGAGCCUUUGGACGGAACAAACCUCACUCAGCCCCAAGUCGAAGACACUGAGACCAAGGAGCUCGUGGACGAAGAAGGUCUCGUGCAGCCUCCAACUGACUCUGAAACCAAGGAGCCCUUUGAGAAUCAACCACACCUUGAUUCAAGCACAAACCAGGGCGACCAGCCGGAAACAUCCCAGGAUACGAACUUGGUCUCGCCAACCCCUGCAGACCCAUUCUCUCCGGUUGCUGCCUGUGUGCCAUUGCCAUCACCUUCAUUGACAGAGGCACAGUAUAUGACCAGCGCUUCUCCGGAUAACCAGGCAUAUUACCCUCCACCAUCUAACUAUUCUCCCUACGCUUCACCCGUCCCCUACUCAGCACCGUAUCCUUACGGCUCACAGAACCCUUACGCUUCAUCAGUACCGUACGCUGCCUCACCGUACGGCUCACCAAAUCCCUACUCUGUACCACUCCCAGAGUCACCUGUGCAACACGGUUCUGGUUCACCUUAUACUGGUUCGCCAGUUCCUUACACAUCGCCAGCUCCCUACCACCCAGCUGCAGCCUACGCCGGAUCACCGGUUCCAUAUAGCUUACCCGGACCAUACAACCCAACUCCAUCUUACGCCGGCUCUCCAGUCCCUUACUCAUUACCUGCGCCAUACGCCGGCUCCCCUUACGCUUCACCAGUUCCUCACACAGCCUCACCUGUACCCAAGGUUAGCAGUCCACUUGCACGGUCUCAUUAUCCCCAAAUGUCUCCGACAAUGUCUCCCACUGCAACACCUCCGCCUCACAACCAAUCGGCGGUCCCUAUGGCCUACCCACCACCACCUUCCACUGCACCGAGUGUUCCAACUGCUGUCAACUCUCCGGUCAUGAGCUCUGCCGGUAUGAUGCCGCCUUAUGGGUCAUACUCUCCCCGGUAUUCUCCAGAGGCCCACCAAAUGCACCGGAGCUACAGCAUCCAAGACCCAGCAUAUGCUGCAUCAUACCAAGCACUCCAGAAUCUAUCACUGGGUGGUGAGAAUGGUCUUGUUUCUCCCCCUGACGCCGACGGCGAGCACAUCGAGCUCCUCCACCGGAUUCAAUCAGCUAUUCCAGACAUCAACCGCCUUCUCCAUGGAUUCCGUAACACUCACAGCAAACUCUCAAACCGUGAGGCUGAGAUGAAACAGAUCGGAAACCAGCACGAACAAGCCUUGUUGCACAAGGAAUUCUACAUUGAAGCUCUUCAGACCCAAAUGAAGAAGACGGCCAGUGAGAGUGCAGCAGAUGCUGCGCAACUGAAGAAUACCGUCAACGAGCUUCGUCUUGAGCUGGGUAAUCUCCAAGAAAAGCAGAAGGACCUCGAAGAUGGCAUAGCUGUUCACCAAAAGUCCAACGAAGAGCUUACCCAGUCGAAAACCGAGCUUGAGGGUCAGAUUAACGAAUUAAACGACAGCAUCAAGGCAGCCCAAGAGACUCACGAGAAAGAGCUUGAGGCCCAGAAAGAAGAACAGGAAAAGGCUCUUACUACACAGAAGCAAGAACUCACUGAACUUUUCGAGGAGAUCAAGAGCGAGGAUGAGAAGAUCGCUGCUGAGAACCUGCAGGCUCGUGAGAAAGAACUUCUCAGCGAGCACGAAGCCAACAAAGGUGAAUGGGAGAAAGAGAAAUCGGAGAUGCAAGCAGCAUUCGAAACCCAGCGUGCUGAGCUUGAGAUUACCAAAGAAGAGCUUGCAUCCAAGAUUACUGCCCUGGAAGCCGAGUUGGAAGCCAAGAUCGCCGAGCUCAACUCUGCUCGCGAGGAGGUCGCCGCCAAGCUGACCGAGCUGGAAACAGCACGAAACGAGCUCGAGGAAGCUGGCAGGAAGCAUGGCGAGGAGCUCGGGCUGUCCAAAGACGGCCAUGCAAGCGAAUUGGAAGCGCUCCGCAAGUCACACGAUGAAACGAUUUCCGCCGCGGCCAGAGCCCUUGACGACAAGAUUGCGACUCUAGAGGCAACGCUCAACAAUAAGGAGGAGCAUUGGACCGCUGAGCGUAGUGACCUAGAGAAGCAGCUCGCUGAGAAAGAUAUCGAGCUUUCUAGCGCCGAACGCGAGAAGGAGAGACUAGAAGGAGACGGAAUCGUCAAGGAACAGCACCUUCAACGUGCCGUCGAUGGAAUGAAACUGACCAUCGACAACCUUGGCUCAGACUGCGACAGACUGAGAAAGACACUGCUCAGCCUAGGCGAAGCCACCGACCUUCGAAACACCAAAGGCGAUAAAUUCUUCAUGGACAGCUUCACAGAGCUCUCGCGAUUGAUCCACGACCUUUCCAAGGAGCAUUUUGGCUACCUUCCCAUCGACCCUCCCAAAGACAUUCUUUCCAAGAUCCCCUCUGAGCUUCCACCUUUCCUCGACAACACCCCUGCCUCCCGCGAACUCCGCUGCGUCUACAUCCAACACGUUGUGUCAAAAACAAUCACCUACCGCGUCUUCCAGCCAUUCCUCUUCACUCUAGGCCGCCGCUACGACAAGGCCGAUACCUUCUUCCAAAUGUUGUCCAUGGACAUUCGUAAGAAGUCCGUCCGCCGCGAAGCCUUCUGGAGACAACAGACCCUCAAAGCCGCGUACACAACCUCCGACGCCAAGCAAUCCAUCAACGUUGCAGCCGCAGUCAUCGUGGACGAAAUCAUCGACCACAUCAAGCACUUCGCCGACCCCAAGCACCUCGACUCCCUUCUUACAAGCGUACGGAAGAUCGUCAAACUAGCAGCGGAAACCUGGCGCCACGCCCGAGUCGAGCGUGAACUCGUCCUGGCUACUUUCCCCGCCCCAGAUGCAGACACCGUUUCUAACGAGGGCUGGCUCGAGUACGCUGCCAAUAAAGAGCUCAAGAGCGGAAGCGCAGAGCCUACUCGCCAUGUUGUGUUGCGUACCUUCCCGCGCAUCAUCCGCGAGGCUGCUCAUGAAGACUUUGCCACCGGCGAAGAGAGGGCGAACACCUGUAUCUAUGCUCCAGGUGUUGUGCUCUACUCGGACUCACCUGUCAUUAUGGACAGGUUGCAGGAGUUUGCCAAGAAGUCACCUGGUGGUUUGGAUAGCCCAACAUCGCCAACUAAGGCUAACAACAGGCCUAUCGAGAAGUUGGCGCCACUAAACGUUUCGUCACCUCGUGUUGUGACUGUCCAGUCAGCACCUACGAGUCCGAGACACAAGGCCCCAUUGACGAGAGCAUGA